AUAUUUUAAUUGAUUAUGUUAAUUUAUAGAAACAAUAAAAUUGAUUAUGUUUAAUUUAUAGAAAGAAUAAAAUUCAGCAGAAGUUACAACUGCCUUUUCUCAUCCUCUGUAGAAGGCGACGAAAAUUCCCACACUCUCAUCACAAUCUUUUUCUCGUAAUUUGUAAAAAGUGAUUGAAGUGAGAUUUUGGGUUGGAUGAAGUGAUGAAGAUGAGGAAAUCUUUUCGUGAAUCAGUUAAAUCUCUUGAAGCUGAUAUUCAACACGCUAAUACCCUUGCUUCAGGGUACAGGAGGCAGCCUGAUGGUGCUUGCUUCCAAAUGAGACUAUCCUACAGCCCAGCAGCUCAUUUAGUUCUCUUUUUUGUUCAGUGGACUGACUGUUACCUUGCUGGUGCCCUUGGGUUACUCAGAAUUCUGAUUUACAUGACUUAUGCUGAUGGAAGGACUACUAUGUCUGUCCAUGAAAAGAAAGCAAGCAUCCGACAAUUUUAUGGUGUGAUAUUUCCUUCUUUGUUGCAACUGCAAGCGGGAAUUACAGAACGAGAUGAUCAGAAACAAAAGGAAGUAUGUGCCUUGAAGUAUAGAAAAAAAGAUGAGCAUGACAAGUACAAAUUAAUGGAACUGGAAAAAGAGAUUGACGAGGAGUGCGGGAUUUGCAUGGAGAUAAAUGACAUGUUAGUGCUGCCUUAUUGCAACCAUUCACUGUGCUCCAAGUGUUACAAAGACUGGUCUGCUUGUUCGCAGUCAUGCCCUUUCUGUCGAGAUUCUCUGAAAGGUGUCAAGCCAGGUGACCUUUGGAUUUAUACUGAUGAGCAUGAUAUUGUUGAUUUAUCUGUUAUUAUGUCAGACAACAUGAACCGGCUUUUUCUUUACUUUGAUAAGUUACCGUUGAUGGAUCCAUACCCUGGUUCUGUAACCUUCGAUUAACCAUGCUUGGUUGUAGAAUUCAUGUACAGGAGUAAACUCAGUAUAUAAUUUAACAGAGAGCAAAUUCACAUUGCCAUAUUCUUUUUUAUUCUACUUAUUGUGUGCUGGUCUUUAUGAGUUUCACACUAUGUAUUCGAGUAUUAGAAGACUGAUCAAUCUGUUUUAGUUUUUAAUAGUUUUUAUGGGAACAAUGCGAAGAUUCAGUGUAUACAGAAAAUCAAUAGUGUCAUUAGGGCAAGCUCCUGAUACAGCAAGAUUUUUGUUGCGACAACGAUGGUUUUGAUGUCCUUGUGAAGAGCAGAGUUGUGAUGGACACUGACCAGUGUUUACGUUGCUGGACACUUGGAGCUCCACGUGCAUGUUCUGGUGUCGUGGAAGCGUAAGUUUUGAUUCGUGCAUUCAACCGUUAAGAGCAAAUGAGAACUGAAAAGUUCUUUGGUUUUCUCAAUGAAUGCAAGGGCAGCCAUUAGACAAAAUCUGUAAGUUGGCUGAAGUAGUAGCUUCGUGCUAAAGAGGUGCAAAUCCCAUCUCAUAUGUGAUGGACUCUUGUUAUGUGAUGGACUCUUGUUAGUUUAGGUUACAGGAGGAGAUUCUUGGGAGCUGCGCCAGCUUUCCCUAGCCCAGGAAAAGGAGGAUUUGAAGGAGAUGGAAAAUUAGGCCAACUAGACCAAGGCCAAUUUAUGAGGUGAGCUCACAAUGAGCUCAUUCUAUUGAGCAACGAAGAAUGGUUGGCUAAGAGUGGCAAGCAUUAUAGGGUUGCAAUGAUCGUGAGGCUUAGACGUGCCAAGCAGGUUUUGUGUCGGGGUAUUUCUAGGUCAAGUCAAAUUUCAAUUGGGUCAUUUUUGAGUCGGGUCGGGUCCUCUCCGUUGGUGUUCGAUUUGGAUCGACCCAACAGAUUUUGAGUUUUUUAAAUAGUAUUUGUGAAGUAUAUCAUUAAAUUCUUAUAAAAAAAUAUGUAUAAUAUAUCUUUUUAUUAAAAUUUUUUAUAAAAAACGAUUGAUAUAUCACUUUUAAUGGUUCAGCAAAUAAAUAAAAACUCAAAAUACAAAAACUCACUUGAAAUAUACAGUGACUGACAAAAUCAAAAAACAAUCAGGUUUAAUCUAGUUUUUCGGUAUUUUAGGUUCAUGUUAGUUUUAUGAGUUAAAUUUUUUGGUUAUUAACACAUUGGUUGUUGAUUGAGUUUUGGGCCAAAUUUAGGUGAACAAAUAUUGUUAGGUCUAUUAAGGCUACACAAAUGCUCUUAGAAAUGGUUGCUCGAAUAAGCAAUAAUAGGACUCCAAUGCAAUGAUGAGGCUACUUGAGUGAACAACAAGAGGACGCCAAUAUAUUGACAAGGCCACUCCAACGAGCAUAGGCUUUCCUAGAAUAACCAACAUAUGGCGUUAUAAGUAGUUGCAGCAAU